AAUAAUACACUAUCUACCUAUUAAUUCCACAUACAGCAAAUGUACCUGUGAUGUGCUUGUGAAUACCCAUGGUAAUGUCUAAUAUAGGUACCGUGGCAUAUUAGCGUUGAUGUUGUUCACGUUCUUGAGAUCUUGUCUUUAUAUAAUCACUGGAAACCGCGGUGUAUAUGAAGAGAAAUUAAAUACAACGAUAAUUCCACUAGUGAUUGCUUUAUGGUUAAACCAUUACAAAGGUGAACGACCUUCUGCGUUCUAUUACGGGAGAUAAAUCAACAUUGAUACACGAUUAGCAUUUUAUGCAUCUAUUUCCCCCAAAAUAAAGCUGUUGCAAUGGCAACGCCUGUCAAUUCGUGCACUCUAUGAUGGUGGAUACGACAAAAUUUAGACAUAAUGAAGAAGUCUAAAAACAAGUCUACGGAACCACCCACGGUGGAGCCAUUGCCGAGUACCGUAGAGGGUACCAUGAUAUUAAUGGAGCAGAGGUGUACCGCAUUACUGGACGCUCUAAAAGCGAGUUCUAAAGAAUGUUCCAGAAUUGGAAGUGGUAUGCGCACGAAGUUCAACGAAUUGAUGCAGAAUAUAACCAAUUUUACAAAGUCGUUGUCCAAGGCUGGUGACGAGAAGGUUUUGCUAACAUUUCCCACUAAGUUGUCCUGUUGCGUCCUGCUGGAGGCAAUAACGUUUGCCAACAACAAGACGAAGCCCUUGGUCACCCACAUCUCUGCUAUACACCACCUGUAUACCAUUAUUGACUUUUUAUACCACCGCAGCGUGAUAAACCACGAACGGAAGGAUAGUAGCGGGAUACCAUUGGAGAAUAAUGAGUUGUAUAUAUACAUUGAUAUGCUUUUCAAGAUGUUUGAAACUAUAUCGAAGCUGUCCAAAGUUGAUGAAUCCGUCCACCUUCGCACAGUCCAAACACUGCUGCAAACAUUUUCAUCCAACUCGCUAAUCCUUCUUUAUGAGGAUAUUUGCAGGCGCAGUUUGUACUUCUUGGACUCGAUGUUGGCAGGAGAAAGCCGUGCCUUGAAUCCCAUUGUUGAGGGCGGGUUCCGUCAGCUGGUACAAUGUAUACUGGGUCAUUCCAAGGUUGCCAAAAGGCACCGUCGCAAGUUUAAUAACAAGGAACACCUGCAUUCCGAGUCGUUAUCAAGUUCAAAGUCCUCCAGUGCCGAGGUUAUGCCAGACCGGGUUGGCUCAUUUGAUUCCCUGCAGAUAGUGCAUAUCGACUUGGUACUGGAAAUACUUAACGCCCUGUGUCUGUCAAUAUUAUCGCAACCCACUGAGUUACUGUCCAAUCUGAAGCCAGGUAGUUCGGCUGAUGUGCUGUUAAUAGCAAUUGAGUCCAUGCCCAAGGGGGUCCUAUUUGAUCACCCAAGGCUGCAGCCGAUUGCUAAAGAAGAGCUUUACAGCACCGUGAGGAGUAUACUCACAGGUCAAUCGUUUAUACACACGGGGUCCCUGAUAUUAGCAAAGAUCAUGGAACAUGGGUACUACUACUGCAGUUAUGGGAAAUCACCAGACAGGGCCCUACUGGACAUGUAUGCAAGUUUGUACAACUUUGUCGAAAUGGAGCUCAUAGAAACUACGGGUCCCGAUGGGCUCCUGCGAGUUAUAUCGUGGAUGCGCGGGUUUCUAACCAUAAUGCAGUCAAACGAAAUGCUGGAUGACAUGUGUCACCACAGAACUACACGGAGUCUGAUAAUGGAGAUACUGAAAUUCGUAGUGAAGCGCCACCGUAUGGUAAAUGAUAAACGGAUAGACCAUUAUUUCGAGGGUAUAUAUAAAUAUGGCGAUGGUCACCAGCUACUAUCGGACCAAAUCGACCUUAUAGAGCCUACUGGGCCACUCCAACACACGUGCAUUAAGUUCCUUCCAAUAUUUGCUGUUGAAUUGGUACCAGGAUCCGUGGCCAUGGACUUUGCAAACAUGACCAACGGAGUGAUAGGCAAGCUAUCGAGAAUAUUGACCACUGAGUCCAUGGAUAUGCAGCAGUUGGAGCUGGUUGAAUCCGCACUCGCCAUAGAUACCAUGCUGACGGCAGCGCAUAUGCUAUACAGCAGCGCCAUGGGAAUGAAUCGUAACCUGCCUUGUUUUGCACCUUAUCGUAUAUUUUACCCCAAGGUCGCGGCGAGUGAUCCGCUAUUCCACAAGCCACAUGACAGUGCUGCGGAACCUACCGAUGAGGCACCGGAACAGUGGCCUUUACUGAAGGAAGUCUGCGAAAUUUUACUGAACCAAUUCGAGCGCAUGUUGAACGUUAUGCGGUCCUCUGUCAUGCAGGAUGCGCUUAUAGCAGUGUUGCAAGCACUGCUAGUUGUCUGUAGUGUGUUCCACUGGGAUGAUCUGUACCACCAUUGCGUAAAGGCGCUGAUGACGUAUGUCAUAUUGGUUGAGCGCCAGUUUGCAGCCAACCGUAGCAAAUGCUUGCCCGAAACAUGGUCCAUGUACCUUAUGCACAUACGGUGCCUCAAUGCGCUCCUGCUCAACUACCCCAAGCAGCUGCACGAUGUGGCUUGGAGUGACUUCAUGGAGCGGCUGAUUGCAUUUUUCUAUAUCUCCUGGAAACUAGGCGUCUGUACCAACACUCACCUAAAGGAUUUAGUGCCAGUCGAACUAGAUGAACUGCUGUCCGCAGAUAAAAGCCUACACGAGGAUUGGGAAAAGACAUUAUCAGAGAUAAUCGAAGUGUUCGACCGCCUUAGGGUACAUGAUUUACACGUACUUAAUGGGUUCAUGACACAUCUAGGAUUCCAUGUGGUGACGCCACUGCUCGCGAAAUCUGGAAAUAGCCCAAAGCGCAGUGACAAGCUGGAAGCCAUUAAAAUGGUGCUUGAAAACUGGCAGGCACGCUUUAUAAACAAGCUCCAACAUGGAGAUCGCGAUUGGGACCGUCUUCUCGAGGGGAUUAUCAACUCCAUUGAUAAUGAGUCCAUCCUGAUGUUAUCGGAUCCCGAGUUCCUGCGCAGCGUGUUCAACACCAUCAUUGAGUACCCGCACGCCCGGCAGCUGGAUGUAGUGAUGAUGUUUACAUGUAUCAUGAUGGAGUUGACCACUGAACGUAGUGUCAUAGAAGGUAUGGUACAAGCAGUGUGUCGUAAUAUCGUUAGCCUGUGCCUCGCGGGCCACAGUACAAGCAAUACUUCUAUCGAUGCUGGUUUGUGUCUGUUGUACAAAGUACUUACUGACAAUGCCACUUUAUCGAUGGACGUGAUUAACGGUAUGAAGAUGAUUGUAACAACUGUGCCACAGAUAUUUGCAGCCAGUAACCGUAUCAUGGAUAGCCUUGCAUUUGCCACGAAGCAUGUGGUUGAAUCUGAUGACAUGGUGUCCACCAUAGCGUUGAUAGAUGUCUUUGCAGUAGUGGUUGAGGAUUCAGUGGAUUUUCUACAGGACCAGGGCUGUAUACAGUUCGUGGAGUGUGCCUUCAUCCUGGCUAACCGUACCUACACCAGUGAUAGCAACGCCGCGUUCCGUGCAAUAUCGUUAUGCCUUGACUUUGCGGAGAAAAUGGCUGCUAGAAGCUUCUACUUCGGUGUUGGUGACGCUCCGCGGGAGCGUGAAAAGCUGCUGUGGUCCCUGAUAUUCACAGGGAUGAAGGACCUAGGCUGCUCGGAGUAUACUGAAAUACGGCAAUGCGCUAUUAAGUCUUUAUCUCUGUUCAUAAAAGGCAGGUUGAACAAGUUUGAUAUGGAACUCUGGAUCCUGUGCUGUGACAAGAUGCUAAUACCGCUAGCCGAUGGCCUCCUGGACUCUCUGCACCACAUAUCGUCGCACCAAACUGUGUAUAUCAUCUGCGAUGAGCUUUACGUAGCUUUCAAGGACUGCCUUGGAUUAUACCGCGACCGGUGCGAGGAUAUUAUGGGAAAAUUGAUCCUAGGACUCGAGAAGGUAGUGCAGGCCACAAUUGGCAACAAGCUAAUGCUGCCAAACGAAUUGAAUUCAUCACUGAGCCUAGCGAUUGGUAUAGUUACCAACAUCAUUAUUGACUACUGCCAGUCCGACUUUAUAUGGGACAAGUGUUUAUCAGUGUUGCAGACAAUAAAAGAAAGAGAUAUUGAGAUACUAAGGCAGAAUUUUUUCAAAAGUGUAUGUAAUAUCGUUGUAGCACUUGGCGAGCGCGAGGAUGGAGUAGAGAAUAAAUUGAUGCAAGUCAUCAAGAUGUCACUAGGAGAUCAACCUUGUGAUGAAGCUGAAUUGACACCGUCGGAUGAAUGCAGUGUAGAUUAUCCCGCAAGUGCUGUGAUACCUCCCUGGAUAUUCCCAGGAUAUGAGCCAGUAAUGGAGAAUGACUCCGAUAUAGACCCUGUGAUACAACAGGAAUGGGAUAGCUUCCCAGUGUCAGAUUGCCCUUAUACGUACAGUGACCACCCGAGGAAGGAGGCAGCACCUGAUAGCGCCACUUCCAAAUCGCCUUUCCUGUCAAUAUACGCAACAUUGAAGCUGGCUGAUGACCCCAAGGUUAAAUUUACACUGCGCGAUAAGAUCCAGAAUUCCAUGGGUAUACUGCAGGAGAUGCAGCUGCUACAGCUAGUGUCGCUCCACUACAACCCCCAAAUGGUGAUCAGCACGGAUACCCUUAAUCGCAUAAAGCCCCUGGAUGUAACCAAACAGGUGCCCAGGGCAGAUCACACAGAAAAACCGCAAAGGUCCAGUAUGUACACCCUCUUGUCGUUAGAGGAGCGGGUUACGGUAAUUGGCAAUAUCAUGACCCACAUCAAGGAGCCGCCACUAUUCAGCUUGAUUGAAACCUACAGCCCCGUGUCCAAGCUGUUCAGGUGCCUUGGAACUAUCAAGAGCCCGGGGGUGUACAGCAUGCUGCUGCGAGCGCUGAUCAAUCGGUAUCUAUUUGGAAGUGGUGUUAAGGUCGACCUGGCGCUACAGCUGGUAGACAGAUUAGUGGCAUCAGUUCGUGAGAUAUUAGUCAGGUUCCUGACUGAAGUAAACGAAGCACUAACACGUGAUGAGGCCGUGGCAAAGUUUACAGGCUCCAAGGUAUACAGGCUGCUGAUACAGACGAUACUACCCAUGGUACCCAUGAUAUUUGAGGUCAUCAAAGCGACCCUGAGCAAGCACACAUUGCAGCCAGUGGCCGUAGUGCUAUAUCAAAGUUGCAUUAACCUCGUGAAAUACGUAUAUCUGGGCCUUUAUGUAGUCAUGCAUUUUAUAGGUGUUGACCACCUACACCAGGAUAGGAACGUACUUUUAUUCUGGCGAUCGUUAAUCCCGACGUUCCAGUUUUUCACUGCGUUGAACUACACAGAUGAACUAGAAACCCGGGUCAAAUACCUACGGAUACUACAUGCCGUGGCGAUUGAUGCUGCCAGUGCCUUGGUGGUUAACCCGUUCAGCAUCGCACCUCCAUUCAUAUACAGCUGGGUAGCCCGGAUACUGGAUAGUUUCGCCGACGGCCAAAGUGCCGUCCUGAGGCGAAUCGCAUUACAACGGCUUUGCGAUGCGGCGUCAUCACCGUUUAUACCGUCGCUGGGACCGGCACAUACUGAAGUGGCCGACCAGGCAGUACGCUUACGUACGUUCUUAACCAAGCGGUUCUUCUUCGUACUAUCGUGGCAUGUUCGGCAGUUCCUGCGCAGUACGGAUUCGGAAAUUGACAUUCUGGCCGCGCUGCAGCUGUUGGAGUCCAACAGCACGCUGCCCAACGAACUCAUUUUUGACAGCGCAUACAUGAAGAAGCAUCGAUACCUGAAGUUUGUACAAAAGCGGCCGCUGGUGUCACUCGCAAUGCCGUAUCUACUCGAUCUCCUGGAAUCGGAUAACAAGCGUGUUUUGCGCGCUACCAGGCGUAUACUCGCCCUGUUCCUAGAAGAAAUGGGUGCCCAGGUGACACCACUGUGACAGCAGUACUAAUUACAUCUAUUAUG